AUGAGCUAUUAUAAUGCUUUAAAUUCUUCUGAAGUAUCUAUUUCGUCUACUGAUGAUAACAGUGUUAAUAUAUCAAAUAAUGUGAAGACAAUUGAGCGUAAAUCCAGAUCCAUAUCUCAGUCUUCUAAUGACUCAUCAUCUUCUCAGUCAGGUUCUUCUUCACAUUCAGUUUCUGGUUCUGGUAUUAGGGAUAGAUCUAAAUCUCGAUCAAGAGAUAUGUUACAUACUCAAUCAAGAUCAAAGUCUCCUUCAAGAUCUAAAUCUAGAUCAUCUUCAGUAUCAUCAGCGGAUUCUCAUUCUUCUUUCAAAAAAAGUAAAAUAAAACGUAAAAUUGUAUCUGAUUCUGAAGAUGACGACUUGCCAACUAAAAAUGAGGACAAUUCUGAUGAUGACCAAGAACCAGAGGUUAAUAUAACUAAGAAAAAAACAUUUAAAAAGGUUAAAAUUAUGUCAGAUUCAGAAUCUGAAGAAGAUGACGAUGUUAAAGAUAUACCUGUAACGAGUCCGAUUGUUCGUAAGGAGCACGCUAUAUCUGAUGAUGAAAAUACAGAAAAGGUAUUGGAUGUAGCUGAAGUGUUGCCAGAAUUAUCAGAUGAUUCCGAUAAAGAAGAUGAUCCAAUUGCAGAAAUUGGAACAAGUGCUAGCAAAAGUAAUGCCAACAAUGAAAACGUUGAUGACCCCGAUGAUCCUGAAAAACCUGAUAACCAGAAUAGUGAUAACCAUCCGGCAUCAGAUUUUGAGAUUAUGAUGAUGAGAAAAAAAGAAGAACAAUCAAUGAAACGCCGUAGAAAGGAUAUAGAUAUUAUUAAUGACAAUGAUGAUAUUAUUGCUGGAUUGAUUGGAGAUAUGAAACAUGCAGCAGAAUGUGAUCGACAAUUAAACAAAGAAGGAAAACCUGCAAUUAACAAAAUAACCAUGCUUCCAAAAUGUCUAUCACAACUAAAGAAACACAAUUUGAUGUUGGCCUUUAUUGAGCAUAAUGUAUUAAAUGUUUUCACUGAUUGGUUAGCACCUAUGCCAGACAGAAGUUUGCCUUCAUUGCAAGUCCGCGAGUCAUUGAUUAAACUUUUAGCUGAUUAUCCUCCAAUUGAACAAUCUACUCUCAAGUAUUCCGGAAUUGGUAAAGCUGUCAUGUAUUUGUAUAGACACCCCAAAGAAACUAAAGAAAAUCGAGAACGUGCUGGUCGUCUUAUAAAUGAAUGGGCUCGUCCAAUUUUCAAUUUAUCAACAGACUUUAAAGCAAUGUCCAAAGAAGAAAGAGAAGAACGAGAUCUGGAACAAAUGCCUAGGCGGAAGCGUUCAAGUAUUGAUGAUAACAAACCCGAUGACGAUGAUGAUGAUGAUGAUGACGGUCCAAGAACAUUAAAACCAGGAGACAAAGGUUGGAUAGCCAGAGCCCGUGUACCUACUCCCUCUAAUAAGGAUUAUGUGGUUAGACCAAAGUCAAUGACAGAUGCUGAUAUUUCAAAGGCUGUAAAGCGACCAAUGAACCGUUUUGAAAAACACUUAAAGAACUAUAUGGAUAGCAAGAGAAAUAACCAAUCGAAGCGUGCAGUUYCGAUAUCAAUAGAAGGGAGAAAAAUGGGGUUGUAAAUAUUUUUUUWAAAUUUAACUAUGCUGAUUUUUAGAUCAUUGUAAAAACCGUGUUAUAAUUAGAAUAUUUUCAUUGAUUUAGUACUUAAUACAAUAAGUUUUAUCAACCAUAAAACAAAUAUUACU